AUGUGGCCUCCUUUUAUCCGGUUGGGUUGCUGUAAUUUGGUAAAAAGUUCCAGGAAUCUCCGUUGGAAAUCUGUUAGAUUGCUUGCCUAUACAACAUGCUCCGACGUGUCAGACUCAUCGUCGGACACCAAUGUGUUAUGUCAUCCUAAUGAAAAACUCGUUAAGUUUAAGGUUAUUAAUAAAACCGUGGAUCAUUGGAAGAGAGAACGAAUGAGUGCGUUGUUAUUUUCCCGUCAAUUGAAAGAGUCUGGUUUUAAACAUGAUGUUGAAACUUACAUGGCAAUCAUUCGAUUAUUGUGUGACUCGGGUAUAUAUGUAAGGCUAAAUCAUUUGUUUAUGUAUGUCAUUGAUGAGAAUAUAAACAGGGAACCUGUUGGUUUUGAAAUCUCUGAUCUUUUAGAAGCUUUGAUAGAGGAAAAAUUAAUAAAAGCUGUUGAUGUGUUGGUUAAGGUGUAUGCAAGUGUUGGAAGGUUUGAGGAGGCGAUGCACAUCUUGUCAAAGAUGAGAAGCAGGGGUGGACUUAUGGUGUCAACACGAACAUGUAAUUUUGUAUUAAAAGAGUUGAUCGAGUGGGAGAAAGUGCCUAUGCUAGACUCGGUUUACAGAGAACUGAAGAGGAAUGGGUUGAUUCCAAAUGUGUAUACAUAUGGGAUUCUGAUUAAAGCACAUUGUAGUAUGGGUCGUUUGGAGGAAGCUUUGGAAGUCUUUGCACAAAUGAAUGAGCCUAGAGUCGAACCUAAUGCUUUCAUUAUUGAGGGGAAGAUACAAGAUGCAGAAGAUGUGUUGCUUCAUGAAAUGAAGAUUAGAGAAAUUGUCCCUGAUGAAGAUUGUUAUGGCGCAUUAAUUCUAGAGUAUUUAAAGAAAGGGGACACCACUAAGGCAUUUGAUCUCUGUGAUGAAAUGAAAUCAAGAGUAGGUAUCAAAGCCGAUUAUGUGCUUAUGAGGUGCAUGCUACAAUACUUGUGUGGUGUGGGAAGCCUUGAUGAAGCUCUAUCUUUUUUUAAGGAAUUUAUGCAAAAAUCAUCAAAGGUUUUCAUUGAUGGAGUCACGUUUGAUUUUGCGAUUGAUGCUGCAUGUAAACUACGAAGAAUGAAAGAUGCGAUGGAGUUGGUAGAAGAAGGGGAUGAAAGGUAG